GAUGUCACUGAAUCUCACUCACUCUCCAACCCCCGCCGGUUUCCCCGAAUCCACCACCGGCCACCGCCACCUCUUUUCCAUCCCCGCCACUUUCCCUCAACUCCACCGCCGAAACCCCUCUCUCAUCUCCGCAUCCGCAGCGACCAAUCUCGAUUCCUCCCAGCCCAAUCAGCUACCCCCAGAUCUCGCUUUGCCGUCAAAUCGGCGGCGGCGGCAGAAGGGAUCAGAUCAUCUAUCCCGGAUUCGAAUUCGAAUCCCAAACCCGUUAAUCAAACCCUAAAACUCGACACCGCAUUCAGGCUCUGGUACUUCCACAACGUAAUCUUCAACAUCUACAACAAGAAAUCCCUUAACGUCUUUCCCUACCCAUGGUUUCUCGCCACAUUCCAGCUCUUCACCGGCUGCAUCUGGAUGCUGGCCAGCUGGUCAAUCAACCGCCGAUUCCCCAAAAUCUCCAAGGAGUUCCUCCUCGCCCUCCUCGGCCUGACGCUGUUCCACACCGUCGACCAGAUCUUCGCCUGUGUCUCCUACUCCAAUGUAGCCGUCUCGUUCACCCACAUCAUCAAAUCGGUGGAGCCCGUCUUAUUCGUCAUCUUCUCGUCUUUCCUUGGCGAGAUCUUCCCUCUCAAGGUAUGGCUCUCGAUCCUCUCCAUAGUCUUCGCCUGCUACAUAGCCGCAGUGACCGAAGUGUCCUUCAAUUUGGGAGGCCUCUCGGGGGCCAUGAUCAACAACUUCAGCUUCGUGCUCAGGAACAUCUAG